GGCAUAAAAAAAAACCCUAGCAUUAACAAAUAAAUAGUUGCUGAUAAAACUGCAAACUUAUUUAUUAACCAAAAUGAAAUACACCUGCUCAGAAACAGUUCAGUGUGGCCGAUUUUUUUUUUUUUUUGAUUAACCAGCACUGCUAUGAGUUUCUUUCCUUGAAAUGCGCCCCUCGCGAGACUUCACUUUAUAAAAUUUACGACGACCUCGAGCUCAAAUGUUCAGAGACAGUCCGAGCUGGCUUCUGAUUGGUCCUCAGGCUCUCAGCGGUACUUCAAAGCCAUGAAGAGGCUACAACUACUACAGCAGUCAGAGAGGAAACACACACUCAUCACAGACAGUCACCGCGGACACGCGGGCACACACACACAUACACACAUACACACACACACCUCAGCCGAAGAUACAGCACAGCACAGAGCAUGGCUGCUACACUGCUAGGGGAGGAGCCGCGGUUGGGCAGCACCCCGCUGGCCAUGCUGGCCGCCACCUGCAGCAGAAUCGGCGAGCCCAGCCCCUCGUGUUCCCCUGCUCUCUCUGAUGGAGCCCCGGGGUUCGUCAAGGGCUUUCACCCUUGGAGGGGGGGCGCCCCGGGCGCCAGUGGCUUCGGAGUCUGUCUCACCUCGCUCGGGGUGCCCUCUGGGACCUCCAGGGGCACCGGACUGACGGAGACCUCCAGCGCUUUCUCGGUGACUUCUGUCAACUCUCCUUUUGGAAAUGAUCUUUCGAUGUAUCACACCGCUGCGUCAUCAGACAGCAAUGGUUCAGAUCCUACACACGCACAGCGGUCUGUGUUUCUGACCAAAUUCCCCUCCUCGGUGGAUGGCAUUGCGGGGAUAUAUCCCAGGAUGCACGCGCAUCCCUAUGAGUCAUGGUUCAAACCCGUGGGAGAUGUCGGUAACGCGUCUUCUUCUUGGUGGGACAUGGGCACCAGCUGGGUGGACACACAAACCCCGGGCGGGUUAUCCUCUCCCCUGAGCGGCUACAGCACUGACUACAGCUCCGCAUUCAGCCCCGGUACUUCCCAGCACCUGCUCCCCGCCGCACAGCACCUGUUUGACGGCUUCAGGCCACCUGUUCCGGCUCCCUACACAGAGUCUACGACCACGGGGGCACCUGCGCUAACAGGAACCCCCGUCGUCUCUCUGACUGCAUCUUCCCGCUCCUCCUCACGGCGUUACUCCGGCAGAGCCACAUGUGACUGCCCAAACUGCCAAGAGGCGGAGAGCCUUGGCCAAGGGGGCACGAGCCCGCGUCGGAGGGGCCUGCACAACUGUCACAUUCCGGGUUGUGGUAAAGUCUAUGGCAAGACCUCUCACCUGAAGGCCCACCUGCGCUGGCACACCGGCGAGAGGCCAUUUGUCUGCAACUGGCUCUUCUGCGGGAAACGCUUCACGCGCUCCGACGAGCUUCAGCGGCAUUUGCGCACACACACCGGGGAGAAGCGAUUCGAGUGCGCGAUUUGCCACAAACGGUUCAUGCGCUCGGACCACCUCAGCAAGCACGUGAGGACGCACAGCGCGGAGGGCUCAGAGGACAGCGGGGAACAGGGACUCGGUAAACGGAACAGCGACACGGACAACAGCUUGCCCGGUAGUCCGAGCCAGUCUCCUGGGCUGCUUGUGCGCGAGACUGUCCAAACCAGCGAGGGACAGAGAGCGGUGGAAUAAUUUACAGAGAUCAAUAUGAACAACACGUGGACAUUUGAUUACACUGCACCUGCCUGUAUGGAGAGUGAUUUCCUGGACGCUCCAAAACUGAAAUGGCACUUUAUCAUGAACUUAAGCGGUGGAUGAACACUGUGUCCUGUCCUGAAUUAUGUCAUUUGUAUCCCUCAAAAAUAAAUUUUUACUCUACA